UUCUUAUUUUCUCAUGUUGAGGGAUUGAUUGCAUGUUAUUGGUAUUUACCAUUUGCGUGCUUCUGUUUGUCAAAUCUGUUUCUGGUAACAAUGGUGGUUGGAACACUGAGGAGAAAGAUGUUGUCGGCAGAGAUGGACCAUGCAAUAUCGAGAGGCACGACGCCAAUCAUCUGACGGAAAAGGAGUUUCUGAAAAGAUAUGCUUACCAAGAACCGGUGGUGAUUUACAAUGUGGAGAACAACGACUUUCGUAAGCUCACUGCGAAGGUCGAAAUGCUAAAGGAUUGGAAAGACACACCAGUAACCUUAAACUCGGCCAACACCUACAGUUAUACUCGAGUCCCUACCACUUUCGGACAGUAUUUGGAAGAACGUCUUCUACCGCAGAGUCUCGAUACACUUGGCAAUGAAACUAUGUACUUAUUUGGCGACUUUGACCGAAAUCUAUGGGCUCCAUUGCUGGAUAAUUAUCACAUUCCGAAGUGGUCGCUGCCUGGGCAUCGUCCUGCCCUCAGCUUCGGGAUUGCUGGUGCAGGAACGGGUGUGCCUUUCCACUUUCAUGGACCUGUCUUUGCCGAGGUUAUAUAUGGUUCGAAGAGAUGGUUUCUGUAUCCAUUCGAGGAUCGUCCAGAUUUUGAUCCGGAUCAUUCAACCCUGGAAUGGUUUGCAAAGAACUACACCAGAUUGCCGCGAGACAAACGUCCACUUGAAUGUGUAGUGAAACCUGGAGAGUUAAUCUAUCUGCCUGAUAAAUGGUGGCACGCCACCUUAAACACCGAAACCAGCGUAUUUAUUAGCACUUUUCUUAGUCCUUGAUCAAAUCACUAGUGAGGGCAAGUAGUGGAGCUGUUUAGCUGCUAAAUUGUUGAUUUGGCUUGCUUGAAGUUGUUACGUUCAUGAUCUGAUGUGGAUCUUUAUUAGUCGAUGAUUCUUUAAACUGUUCCCUUUUUUUGGGGCAGUCUAAACCUCGGGUUCAGUUCGGGAAUGUUUUGAUAAUCCAUAUGUGCAAAUUUUUUA